AUGUUCUCACCUCCGCCUUCCACUUCGCGCCAACCUGUGGAAGAAACAGUCGUUGCUGGCUAUACCCUUGUUCAGAUAAUAGGCGUGGGAGGCUUUUCAAUUGUUAAGAAAGGCGUCUCUUCCAGCGGUGAAAUUGUAGCUGUCAAACGAGUCAGGAGGGCGGAUAUAGAGCGACAGGAUGAUCCGGAUGAGUGUCGUCGGCAACUUGACAAUGAAAUGGAGAUUUGGCGCUCGUUGAAUCACGAACAUGUUCUUCCCCUCUUUGCGGUCGAGCGCACUGCUGAAGCAGACUACUUCAUCACCUUGUUUUGUCCUGCUGGCUCCUUGUUCGAUAUCUUGAAGCGUGACGGCCGCCCGGCGUUAGCUCAAGACGACGCCGGAAUGCUUUUCCGGCAAGUGGUCCGAGGGUUGCGUUAUCUUCAUGAGACAGCAAAGCUCGUGCACGGCGAUAUCAAACUGGAGAACAUCCUUGUCGACGAUGCAGGCACUUGCCGAAUCACAGAUUUUGGACUCUCAAGACGAAUCUUAGAUCCGUCGUCAUCCCCUUCUGAGGCGGAAUGUUAUUGUCUUCACGACAGAGCUAUGGACCAAAUGGUCGACCGCCUGCGUAGAUACACCACCAUUUCACAUGGUCCGUCGAGGCAAUCUGCACACGGACGUUCACGAAGGCCCUCCCGUCAUCGUAACUCCACGCCACUCGGGAAUGGAAACGGCACGCCACCCAUAUUACCUUACCAUCAGUUCAAUCCGGGUUCGCUACCUUAUGCUGCUCCCGAGAUGCUGUCCCCACAGCUACCUCAAUGCCCUGCUCAUCCUAGGAUUCCACCUGUGAAUCCGGCACAAGAUAUGUGGGCGCUCGGUGUGCUGUUGUAUGCGCUUCUCACUGGACAUCUACCAUUCAAUGACAAUUUUGAACCGCGAUUACAAAUGAAGAUUUUGCAUGGAGCUUAUGACAUUCCUCUUGGCAUUGGUCAUGGCGCUGAAAGCGUGUUGCGCAGCUGUCUCGAGCAAGUUGUCUCGGAUCGCUGGACAAUCGACAUGGUCGAUGAAGUCGCUUGGGGAGUCGGAUGGGGA